AUGUACAGGCCAAAGAGCAAGCACGAAUGGUUAUUCUGUGGCAUCUUGGGCGCACAAGCGCUAAUAAUUCUAGCCAUCGAGGCAUUUAUCCUCGCUGAAUGGCAAUUAUGGGUUCAUCCGAAUAUAAUUCAAAUCACCCCAUCGUACAUCGUCCCCGUUGACUCUGCAAUCAUGUUCUUUGCUUGCAUCUAUGUCUUCCUUCUGGCGCUCGAUGCCGUUCACCACAGAAAUAACGUGCUGCUGCUCGCGAUAUGCGUGAGUAAUGCAUGUGCCCUGGUAUUCUCAGUCAUGCUUUACAGGAACAUGGAGGAAAUAGUGAACGAAAUGCCAAGCCAACGUGAUGGCCUAAACCACCCUCUCGUUGACCAAGAUAGAAAUAUCUGGACUCUGAUCCAAGGAUUCCAGCUUGCAUGUCCAAUCAUGAUUGGACUCUGCACUUUGGCUACCUGGGCUUCCUCGUUUCAGCUGCAGAAGCAGUAUGCCUGGGCUAUCUAUCGGAGUGUUCGAGGUGAUUCGGAAACGAAAUCUCGAUACCUGAACUACGAGGUGCGUGUGCGAUAUCUUCUGAUAAAGGGCUAUGCUAACGAAGCUCAGAUCUAUCUUGUUUUGGUCAAAGUUGCAGUCUUUUUCAUUAUUUGCUUUGUCCUGCAGUAUGGGCUUGUCGACGUUCACUUCGAAGAGCCUGAGUUUGGACUGACCAUGGCGCUACUGCCCGCCACCCUCCUCCUCAUGAUUCUCGGUGUUUAUGUCGUUCGCUUCGAGCGGAAACGGCCGAUGGGAUUCGUGAUUGUUUGCUAUCUUGCAAUGGUUGCCUAUUUACUCAGUAGAAUCAUCAUUCUCUACGGAGAUGGAUUCCGAGCUCUAACCGCUGGCAAAGACAUGAUUCUGUUCUUUGCAAUCACCGCUCUGGUACUUCUUGUUCUAACUCUUAUCUGUUCAAUUCGUUGUUUCAUGAACUUUGGACAUGGGCUUAAGCCCAUCAUCACUGGGAAGGACGAGAUACUACGAGACUCUCAUGAUUUCCACAGCAUUGGAGGACAUGCACCCUUCCCGGUGGAGCAUACGAAGCGUCGGUUGUCUCUGGUCUAG